UUAAUCUUAUCUGUUUCCACGUUGUUUGCGUCACCAGGGAAGAGCCUGAGGGUGCCGGAGAAGGUCCCCUUCAGGAUGACCCACAACAUAGAGACGGCUCUGGGAGUGACGGGGGUAGAGGGCAUCUUCAGGCUGUCCUGUGAACAGGUGGUGCAGAUGAUGCGUCGGGGUAGAGAGACCCUGCUGACCCUACUGGAGGCCUUCGUUUACGACCCCCUGGUGGACUGGACGGCCGGGGGGGAGGUGGGCUUCGCUGGCGCCGUGUACGGAGGAGGAGGCCAGCAGGCUGACAGCAAGCAGAGCAAGAGGGAAAUGGAGAGAGACAUCACCCGCUCCCUGUUCUCCUCCAGGGUGGCUGAGAUCAAGGUGAACUGGUUUAAGAAUCGAGACGAGAUGCUGGCCGUGCUGCCGCAGGUGGAGGAGGCUGUGGAGGAGUACUUAGUCCUGCAGGAACUUCUCUGCCAGGGGGAGAAACUGCAGGCAAAACUACAGGAGGAGAUGGCCUUCCUUGAGGGGGCCGAGAACCAUCAGGACCACCUGAUCCUCACCCUGGAGCACAGGUACUCUGAACACACCCAGCUGCAGUCGAGGCAGCGCACCGUGCAGGAGGCCAUCCAGAGCAAGCUGUCGGACCUGGACCAGUGGAUCUCUCAGUACCAGGCGGCUUUCUCCAACCUGGAGGCCACCCAGCUGGCCAGCCUGCUGCAGGACAUCAGCAGCCCCAUAGAUCUGGGUCAGUCCCACAGGAAGUGA